AUUACCAGACUUAACUCGAGCAAACAGCUUACCCUAAGUCGUCAUUCAUCGAAGCAUUAUUUGAUUUCAUCAACUGGAGGCGCCAAUUCUCACUGUUCGCUCUUGCAUUUCAAACUCCUAAAAUUACUUUGCGAUGUGGAAAGAAAACAGUAACAGCCAAUUCUUUAUCAAACCCAAAAUUCAGAAUGGGAUUCCCUGAAUAUACGGGGAACUUGUGAUAAUGUAUUUUGACACUGUAUUCGCUCAUUCUAGCAAUGUUGGAACAGUUCUUCUCUGAGUCCGAAGUGAAUGCGAAACUAGUUGAAAGGAAAUCUCGCACAAAUGAAUCCACUGACAAGAAGAAUCAAAGAAUUCUGCUUUCAGGGCCUUCACACAGUGGGAAAACAUCCCUACUUUUGCAGUUUGCUUACAAUUGUGCUAGGGAGACCUCGGCCACUGUUGUUUUUCUCUGCAAAAGAAACAAUUUCGAGAAGAAUCCCCCCUUUUUACCUCAGGAUGUUGAUCCAUCUUCUGAGAUCUUUGAACGGGUACAUAUAAAGUAUAUAGAAGAUGAUGAAGGAAUAAGAAAAUAUUUUGCUGCAUUUCAUAUGCAUAGCAAUUUUCCAAGAGCUGUUAUUUUAGAUGAUUUCUGCGAGUUUUUUGAUGAAGGGAAGUGUCGAGAAAAAUAUGGACAAGCAAGAGGGUGUGAUGUGGCAAUGGUCAGAACUCUGGCCUUAUGUUGUGAUGCAAUAAAUCAUGCAAAUGAUAAACUACCUUCCACGGAGUCCUGCAAACUCUUGAUUUCUGAUAGUCAUAUUGGAGAUACUCCUAGGCUUCUAUAUAUUUAUCAGAGAUGGCUACCAUGCAUCCUAACUGUAAAUGCACACGAUGGAUUUACAUUUACACUGAAAAUCAGCAACCUACCAGACAAACCAAAAAUAGGUUCCUAUGCGAAGUACUCAACUGCUCUACAAUAUCUUACAUUGGUGGAGAUGCAGAGCAAAUGAUCAGGCAAAUUUCAAUCACAUUAUAUUUUCUUGAUGCAGUCAUCUUAGUCUUGCUAAAGAAGUAGCAGCAGAACAUCAUUUGCUGUCCUGAAGAAAUGACUGUUUAGUCCUUUAUACAGCCUUUUCUGUACCAUAGCGAGGUAGAAGAGAUCGUGACACGAAGACAUACUAUUUUGCUUGAAUUGUUUAGUCCUUUGUGCAGUCUUUUCUGUACCAUAUAGAUUUUGUAACUGAACAAUGGAGAGAGAUCAUGACACAAACACAUACUGUUCUGCAUGAAUGCCCAUUUUCUGGCAUGCCAUGUAUCUGUUGUACUUGCUUUCUCCCUUUUCAUACAUAAGAUGCACUUCCAUUUUCAUCUAAAAA